AGGAAUCACAGGCUGUUACCCUUCCAAAGCGUUGGUAGCAGCUUUUUGGCUCGGCCCCAUAUUGACAUUCGCAGUUGCCCUGCUUCAUCUAAUGAUUGGUACUUCGGUGAACUUCACAAUAGGGGUAGCCACUCUGAUCUGCUCCCUCACUAUGUCCCUCUACGGCUGUUGGGUCAAUUCCCGAUUUGUCUACGCCAUUCGGGUUUUAACACUUUCUGCCACUCCGCCUCCGGCCAAGCCAACUUUCUUGAUCUUACUAUCCAUUCUUGUUGGCACUCUUUAUUCUUGCUUCAUGGUGAUCGGCAUAGGCUCUGCCUUAGCUAGCAGAGCAAAGUUAAACGCCGUAUACAUCUCAAUAAUCCUGCUAAGCCUGGUAUGGACUAUGCUUGUCAUCAGAAACACAUUGCUGGCUUCAAUGUCACGUGCGAAUUACAUGCACGUGGCUUAUGGGGUCGACGUCAAAACACGCUUGGCUCUAUGCGACACGCUUAAGUACUUGAUGGGAAGCAUCUGCAUAGGUUCAUUCCUAGUGCCGAUUCUAGGAAUCAUGUGGGGUUCAGCCAGAUGCAUUGAUUUGUUACAAGAAGGCCCAAAUGAAUUUUGUUGUUCAUGCGCCAACUGCUAUGCAGGGUGUGCUUCCACGUUAGUGAUGUAUGGGAACCGAUGGGGCUUUGUUCAUGUUGGACUUCACAUCAAGAGCUUUGUUCAGGCCUCCAAGUAUGCUUGGGACACGUUCAAGAAGAUUGGGCUGGAGUCACUGAUCGAUUCUGAUCUGACUAGCUCCUUCUGCUUCCUCUCUGGGGUGGCUGUGGGAGCAAUCAGCAGCCUAGUGAGCGGAAUAUGGGCACUUGUAUUGCAUAAGAGCUACGCAACAGAACUUUCACUUUAUGCUUUCUUCAUUGGUUACUUGAUAGGUCGGGUAUCAAUGGCAUGGCAACAAGCGUGCAUCGCAGCGUACUAUGUUGCUUACGCAGAAAAUCCUCAAAACCUGGAAUUUGACUCUACCAUUCCAGAUCGCAUUCAACGGCUUCAGAGACUUCAAGCAUGACAUAACCACAAGCUAAGAACAAUAUGUCCCGCAGGGCCCUCACAACUCACUAGCUAGUAGCUACUAUUCCAGACACAGUCGUCUUAUAGAUUCUUUUUUCCUUUCUUUUAUUUUCUCAAAAUCAUUGUCUAUAUGGAUUGUACAAAUGGUUCAAUAUUUGAAUGUGCAAGUAAAGUUAGAAAACAGUACAUUAUUUUCUCUUACUUCUUUGUAGAUUAGAACAGUAUAUACUAAAUUGUAAAAGCUCGUGCAUACUCAAAUUAUUACGAAUCUAAAUCCACAAGUCAUUUUAAUUCAGUUUGGCUAUCUUUUUAGUUUUUAAUAAGUCAUUGUGCGUCAAUUCAUUCUCGUAUUGAAUAACUUAUACCGUACGUAUAUCGUGUUAAGAAGAAA